CAAGAACAAAGAGAAAAACAUUACUCACACUCUCCUCUGUUUUUUUCUUUCUCUACAACAUCUUUGUUCGAUCUACAACAUCUUGGUAAAGGCGACUACUGUUUUAAGCAAUUCUCUUUAAAGCCAAUGGAUUCACCAAGUACUCAGAAGGCUAAUAAACCAAGAAAGAUGAAGGUUGUUGUGAAGAAGUCUCGGUCUCUAAAGCUCUUAGAUUUGUUCUACCGGGUGAUCGAGAUAACUGUAGUUAUGGUUACAGUAGCCAAGCUUUGUUACCAGCUAGUCAUCACCUUCGAGGGCUCUGUUUUUUCGGGUUUUCUCAUCAACCGUCACCUUGCUUUCGUCUUGGGGAAUGCCAUAGUCAUCGUUAUAGUUGCCAAGUGCGGUUUCUUUUUGAAUCAAGAACCUGAUGCAAGGAGGAAUAGCAACGAUUUUUACGACGAGUUUGUUAUGGAGAGCUCGAGAGGAGUACGAAACUUAGAGACCCAACUGAUCUGCAGAGAAAAACAUAGUGGAGCAGAGGUCGUGGCAAAACAGAGCAUUGAAGAAAACAGAGCAAAACAGAGCAUUGAAGAUAAGAAGAGACAGAGCAGAACAAAAAAGAGCAUUUUGGAGAACAAGAAAAAACAGAGCACUGAAGAUAAGAUAGAGAAACAUAAAAGGUCUGAGAACAGUUCAAAACAGAACAUUGGGGAGGAGACAGAGACGAAGGACAUAAGUGUGAGGAGACACAAACAAAUCAUUCCUCAAAAUCAAGAAAGUCCCAUGAAGAGUUACGAAAGGAGUCAGUCGGAGAAUCUCGAGGGAUCAAAGAAGAGUACUUGUGGGAAACUGAAACGCUCGGAGACGGAAAGAUUUGCUGAUGUAUAUGAAUCCGAUGAUGAACUACGAUACAAGAUCGAGUCUUUCAUUGCGAGACAGAGGAGGAACCAAAAGGAUGAAGAGUUUUGUAUUAUCUAAAAAUAUAAAAUACUAAAAAAAAAGAAAAAAAAAACUUUAGUUUAUGCAAAGCAUCCACAUAUGUUUUUGUGUGUGUUUGUAUAUAUAUAACGGGCAUACAUAUUUC